AUGAAAGCAGGUCCAUUGCAGGACGAUGAUGCGCAGCUGGCGGCCAUGGGCCAUAAGCCCGAGCUGAAGCGUCAGUUUUCUAUGUGGUCGAUGAUGGGACUAGCGUUCGCUGUACUUAAUUCUUGGACCGCUCUUUCGGCUAGUUUGUCAAUUAGUCUCACAUCCGGAGGAAGUACAAGUGUCAUCUGGGGCCUUGUCACGGCCGGAUUCUGCAACUUGUGCAUUGCCACCUCUCUGGCAGAAUUUCUCUCUGCAUAUCCCACUGCUGGUGGUCAGUAUCACUGGGUCGCUGUUAUCGCAUGGCCAAGAUGGGUGCCUAUCCUCUCCUGGAUUACCGGUUGGAUUAAUGUGGCAGGAUGGGUCGCUCUCGUAGCUACCAAUUCCCUCCUCUCGAGCCAGCUCAUUGUUGGAUGUAUCUCGGCCAUGCAUCCCGAUUACGUAGCACAGCGGUGGCACCAAUUCCUCAUUUACAUUGGAUUGACGAUCGGGGCAUUUGUGAUCAAUGCAUUCAUGAACUCCAUCCUGCCACUCAUUUACCGCGGUGCCUUUUCCUGGUCAAUUGGCGGUUUCGCGAUUGUCUCCAUCACAUUCCUCGCGUGCGCUUCGCCUGACUUCAACUCAGCCUACUUUGUGUUUUGUAACUUUGUGAACAGCACAGGAUGGCCUGACGGCGUCGCAUGGUUACUUGGACUGCUUCAAGGUGGACUUGGCGUCACUGCUUUUGAUGCUGUGGUCCACAUGAUUGAGGAGGUUCCCAAUCCAUCGAUUGAAGGACCCAAAAUCAUGGUCUCGUGUGUGGGUAUCGGUACCUUCACUGGAUCUAUCUUCUUGAUCGUCCUCCUGUUCGUGGCGGGCGACAUGAACCAAAUCACUAGCUCUGCCGCCGGUCCUCUCCUGCAAAUUCUUAUUGAUGCUACCAAGAACACGGCUGGUGCAAUCUGUCUGUUGAUGCUGCCUCUCGUAUGCUUGAUUCUCGCUAUUCUCAGCGUGAUGACCACAAGCAGUCGAAUGAUUUUUGCUUUCGCACGCGAUGGUGGUCUUCCUGCGUCUCGGUUCUUCGCCACUGUUCAUCCCAAACUCAAGCUGCCCCUAAAUGCGCUGAUUUUGACGGUGGUCGUGGUCAUCAUUUUUGGCUGCAUUUUCUUGGGGUCCUCCAGCGCCUUCAAUGCUAUCAUUUCCGCCGCAGUUGUGGCUCUCGACCUUUCCUACGCCAUGCCGAUUCUCGUCAACUGUUUGCAGGGUCGGCGAGCCCUUCCCGAAAGAAAGUGGAAGUUGCCCACCGCCGUCGGGUGGUUCGCAGAUAUCAUCUCGCUUGCAUACAUCGCCCUCACUACUGUUCUGUUUGUUUUCCCUCCUUCCAGCACCGUUACUGGUAGCAGCAUGAACUAUGCUGUUGCUGCGUUUGCCGUAAUCAUAAUUAUCUCCAUUUUCCAGUGGUUUGUGGACGGACGAAAGAAUUUCACUGGUCCUCGCGUGGAUAUAACCAUCGACGCUUUGGACACCAUGCCCACCCAUGAGGAAGAGCCCACAACUCACGAAAAAUAG